AUGAAGCAUUCCUUCGGUUCGGUUGAUAUCUCACAUGGUGGCCCGGUCAUCCAGACACCCCUUCGCAAUGGCGAAUUUGCGGGCAUUGCUGAAAACCGGCCACUCGGCUCACAGAACGACAUCAUGAGGGUCGCACGGAAGGGCUAUGCCUGGAAGCCAAGAAGAGGCUUCGAGAAGGAGGAUCAAACAAAGCAUGACAAGAUAGUGGGAGGCGCGGAAGUGCUCUACGGGAAAGCUUACAGGUAG